AUGUGGCAAGAAAUGAGAAAACAUGAAAAGAAAUUACGUGGAAUGAUUGUUGAUUAUAAAAAACGAUCGGAAAGACGAAAAGAAUAUUAUGAAAGAAUUAAACGUGAUCCAGCAGAAUUCUUACAAAUUUGGGGUCGUCCAGCUAAAGUUCAUUUAGAUCCAGCAAUAGCAGCUGCUGCAGAAUCAACAUUAGCACCGUGGCGUGAUGAUGAAGCAACCAUGAUUGAUCGAUUUGAUGUUCGUUCACAUUUGGAUGUAAUUGAUGAAUAUGCUAUAAAACAUCAACAGAAUCAACAAGGCUCCGAAUCAUUAUCUGAAGCAGAACAAAAUGAAGAAUGUUUAUGCAAUUAUGAGCGUUAUCGAGUUUUAAUACAUAAUGAAUCAAAUGGUGUUAAUGAAGAACAGUGUUUACGUGAUAUUGAAUUUGAUGAAAAAUUUGGUGCAUUUCGAGACGAACAUCAUCCAGCAAGAAUAGAAAAAAAACAAGGAAAGCGAGCGUCCGAAAAAUCAACAACAAAAAAAGCCGAAAUUGGUUUUGUAUAUGAUGAUGCACCAAUUCCAACAUCAUCAUCAAAAAAACCAACAACAGCAACAACAACAACAACAACAGCAGCAGCAGCAGCAACAACAGCAGCAGAUGAAAAUGAUGAUGACGAUGAUGAUGAUAAUAAUGAUGAUGAUUUAGAUUUGGAUAUUGAAAUUGAUAUAAGUGAAUUAACUAGUGAAAAUAAAGCAUCAUUAAAUAAAGUUGCUACACAUUAUGGAAUGGCAUUUGGAGAUUUUGCACGAAUGUUAAUACUUGAUCGAGAAGAAAUGCAAGCUAUUCGAGAAAAUAAAUUAGAAAGAGAACAAGAUAUACCUGUAAAAGGUCGUCGAGCUCGUCGUGAACGUCGUUUAGCAAAAGAAAGACGAAUAAAAGAACGUGAUUUUUGUCCACCAAGUUAUUUAACUCGUGAAACACCAAAAUUACCUGUUGUAAAAACAAAAUCUAAAUCUCGAUCUCGAUCUCCAUCACCUUUGGAUACAACACCAGUAAAAGAAAAAAUUGAAUUUAUUACAGCAUUUGGUGAUGAUGAAAUAUCAAAAAAUAAUGAAUUAAAACGAAAAAGACCUUUUGAAAAAUCAUUACUUGAUGAAUGUCGUGAAGCAAAAAAGAAAGCUGAACCAACUGUUGUUCCUGUACGAGUUCGUCGAUUAGUUACACCACCACGAUUACCAGCACCAACAACAUCAUUUGUUCCUUGUCGAUCAGUUCAACGAAAAAGUCAAGUUCUAUUAUCUACAUUACAAAAAUUAAAAGAAGAUUCAUCGCCAGAAAGACGAGUUUUAUCAGAUGAUGAAAUACCAGUAAUAAAAACUGUUAGAACAGAAAAGAAAGAUGAUAAAAAAGCAAAUAAUGAUGAUGAUGGUGAUGAAGAUGAAGAUGAUGAUCUUCAACAAUAUCUUAAACGAAAAGAAGCUCGACAACGUAAUCAAAAUUCAAUGACAACAUCUUCCAAUCAUAAAGAACAAAAUGGUUCUAAUGAAUCAACAACAACGAAAAGUUCAGCAGUUAAAACUCCUCAAGAAAAACUUCGACGUCGAAUGCAAAGUUUAUUAAAAAAACAAUUUCAAAAAGAUAAAGAUCAACAACGUGAACGUCAAGAACGAGAAGAAAAAGAACGUGAAGCUCGUGAAUCUGAGUUACGUCAAUCAUCAGCUAAACUUCGUCAUCAUCGUUCACGACAUUAUUCAAGUAGUAGAUCGAGAUCAAGAUCAAGAUCGAGAAGUCGUUCUCCAUCGUCUCGUCGUCGUCGUCAUCGAUCUUCAUCAUCAUCGUCUUCUUCAUCGUCAUCUUCAUCACGUCAUUCAUCGGAUAAUCGUAAGAAGAAAAGAUCAUCACCAGUAAAAUCACGUUCACCAACGCCAGAAUUUUUACGACAACGUUUUCGUCGUAAUUAUCGUCGUCGUGAAUCAUCACGAUCAUCUUCAUCUUCAUCAUCGUCACGAUCCGACAGAAGUUCACCAAAAAGAAAACGAACAGAUUAUAAAUAA